CUCCCGUCUUGGAAGUCCUUUUGAGGAAUAGUAUGAGCAAUCAUUGCAGAUUCACAACAACAUCAUGUCUUCUAGGCCAGAUUUGCCUAGCUCUUGUAUGAGCGACGAUGAAACACUACGACAAAAGACACCAGAAUCGAAACCGCGACAUAGCUCGUUGGUAAAACUUCUUUUUGACAGGACGAGAGUUGAUCAAGCUGUUGAGAACCAUAAUUAUCCUGGAUCAGGCUCCUUUGAAGAUCCGUUUGUUGUUAGCUGGAUUCCUGAUGAUACAGGUAACCCACUCAAUUGGCCCAAGUGGUUGAAAUGGACCAUCACAAUGGUUUCAGCCGCAACAUGUUUUGCUGUCGCGUUUAGUUCUAGUGCCUAUACAGGUCAGUCUUAUAACCCUCGGCAAUCGACAUAGCUGACAUGUUAUAUGACAGGUACUAUUGUGCCGCUUAUGAUUCAUUUCAAGGCCAGCCAUACACUCAUCACUGCUGGCGUCUCCCUCUACGUCCUCGGUUUCGCUGUCGGGCCUCUACUCUGGGCACCGCUUUGCGAAAUCUACGGUCGACAAAUUAUCUUCGUUAUCAGCUAUGGCUUGUAUGUUGUCUUUAGUGCAGCAUGCACAGCAGAUAAUGGCGUCGCUACCCUUCUGGUCCUUCGCUUCUUCUGCGGAACAUUUGGCUCAUCACCUCUGACCAAUGCUGGCGGUGUUAUCUCUGAUAUCUUUAAUGCUGACGAGCGUGCUAUCGCUAUGGCAUUCUUCUCUUUGGCGCCUGCACUGGGUCCCAGCUUGGGUCCCUUCAUUGGUGGAUACUUGAGUGACGGUCAAGGCUGGAGAUGGGUUAUGGGAUUGAUGGCCAUUGUUGCCGGAUUCUUCUGGGUACUCGACAUGUGCUGCGCUCCCGAAACCUAUGCACCUUACAUCCUUCAGAACCGAGCCGACUUCUUGUCCAAAAAGACUGGCAACGUUUACAUCUCCAUCUACGAACACCAAGGCAAGGCCGAUCCACCAGCCGUCGUUCUCAAGAAGGCCCUCAUUCGUCCUUGGCAACUCCUAUGCUUCGAACCUAUCGUCCUUCUUCUCUCCAUCUACGUAGCUAUUCUUUUCGGAACCCUUUACAUGCUGUUUGGCGCAUAUCCUGUCGUCUUCCAGCUUGAGAGGGGCUGGUCUGCUGGCAAGGGAGGUCUGGCCUUCCUGGGAGUUGCUGUCGGAAUGAUCAGUGCCAUUCCUACGAUUGGACUCAUCAACAUAUGGUAUAUGAAGGUCACGAAAAGGUUCGGCAACGAACCUGUACCUCCUGAAUACCGUCUCCCGGGAUGUAUGCUCGGCGGUAUCUGUGUCCCUGCUGGCAUGUUCUGGUUCGCAUGGACAUCAUAUCGUUCAGUCCAUUGGAUGUCCCCAGUAGCCGCUGGUGCCCCCUUCGGUCUCGGCAUGUCUCUCGUGUUCCACAGUAUCUUCAGCUAUCUCAUCGAUUCAUACACCAUCUACGCUGCCUCGGUCCUAGCAUCAAACGCCGUGUUGCGAUCUCUAUUUGGCGCCGCCUUUCCACUUUUCACUAAGCAGAUGUACGACAACCUAGGAACACAGUGGGCCAGUACAGUCCCCGCCUUUCUGUCACUUGCUUGUCUACCCAUGCCAUUCAUCUUCUUCAAGUACGGUCCUGCUAUUCGACAGCGAUGCAAGUAUUCUGCAAGGGCCGCACAGGCGUUGGCUAUGGCAAAGAAGGGCUAGAUCUUGAGGGUUUGCCAUAUUAUUUCUUACUAAUUUCUACUUAAUACUGUGUCUUGACAUUAAUGGACCAAAAGCGGCAUAUGGAAGGAGUUAUUGAAUCACCUUAGACAUAGAAUAUUCACCAGUCAUAGAUUAUACAGAGCCAACUCAAGUUUGAACUUUUUUCUCUCCAUUAUGCCUAACGGGGCUGAGUCUUCCAAGCCUGCAGCUUCAAUUGGUGGAAUUCUUUUAAGUCAGCACGGCAUGGGCAACAACAAUUUUAAAUCAGGCUGUGUUGAGAAGGCCUUUUCCCUCAGCUCACCUCACUUGUUCCCACCCACCAAAAGAUCGAGUGCCCA